AUGAUCCGUUAUUAACAGAUCCGGCAACACUUGAAAGGUGUAGUCAAGUAAAAUUUGGCAUUUGCCUUGAAAAGGCGGUAUUUUACCUGCGCAUUCAUUUUACGUGUAUUUUGCUCUGUAAAAUAAAUAAAUUGUGAUUAAUCAAAUUUAUACAGAGUCAGCAGCAUAAUGGUGGCAAUUCCUUAUUUGUUUAAUGAAAUAGAGCGGAUAUUCCAAAAUACCCCGCUUUAUGUGAUCGUAUUGGAAGCCUUUCUACUACUUUCGGUCAUAUGGCUGCUACUUUUCAAACGUAAUGGGCGUGGCAGGCGCUACACAAAAGCAGAGGAAGAAGAAAUUAUUGCCAAAUACGAACCCGAACCGCUUAUUGCUGAAACUGAUCCAAAUCAUCAGCUGCUGCAAACGCGUUUAGUGCAAUCGAAAGUGGGCAAGCGUGUGGUGGUUGAUGGACAUGAGUGUCUAAAUUUGGCAACACACAACUAUUUGGGAUUGUUGGAAGACGAAAAAAUAUUAGAAGAUGCUUGCACUACGUUGAAAAAAUAUGGCGUCGGUUCGUGCGGUCCGCGUGGUUUCUACGGUACAAUGGAUGUACAUUUGGAUUUGGAAGAUCGUUUAGCCAAAUUUAUGGGUAUGGAGGAGUCGGUGGUAUAUUCUUAUGGUUUCUCUACCAUAGCGAGUGCUAUACCAGCAUAUGCUAAGCGUGGCGAUGUUGUAUUUGCUGAUGAGAUGGUUAGUUUUGCCAUACAAAAAGGUUUAGAUGCUUCACGUAGCACUAUUUAUUACUACAAACACAACAACAUGGCCGAUUUGGAACGCUUACUUAUUGAACAACAAGAGCGCGAUACAAAGAAUCCCAAGAAAGCUGCCAAGACGCGCCGUUUCCUCGUAGCAGAAGGCAUUUACAUGAAUACUGGCGAAAUAUGCCCAUUGCCCGAACUAGUGGCGCUACGUGCUAAGUAUAAGUUGCGUUUGUUCUUGGAUGAAAGCAUUUCCUUUGGCACACUCGGUAAAACUGGACACGGUCUCACUGAACACUUUAAUGUCGAUUUGGUUGAGGUUGAUCUGAUCAUGGCGGGCAUGGAAAAUUCUCUAGCCACCAUUGGCGGUUUCUGUGUUGGUUCACACUUCAUAGUCGAACAUCAGCGUCUGUCUGGUUUGGGUUAUUGCUUCUCCGCAUCGCUGCCGCCACUAUUGACACAAGCGGCCAUCACCGCAUUGGAUCGUUUCGAACGUGAACCGCAAAUGUUUACACAAUUGCAGGAAAUCUCGCGUAAAGUGCAAACAGUAUUUGGAAAAUUUUCAAAAUUGAAGUUGCGCGCCAACGAACUUUCACCCAUUAAGCAUUUAUAUAUAGCGGAGGAGCGUGAGAACGCCGAUGUGGAGCGUGAGUUGCUCAUACAAAUCGCCAAUAAGUGCAUUGCCAGCGGUGUGGCUGUAAUUGAAGCGCGUUAUUUAAAUAAUUUGGAGAAACAUGCUGUACGUCAAAGCAUACGUAUUACGGUGAAUCGCUUACUCACUGACGCUGAUAUCAAGCAUGCUUUCGAUAUUAUCGAGAGUGUAUCCAACGAAGUGUUGUAGAUUACGCGGCAUACAUUUUGACUAUUUAAAAAU